CACCGCGCAGCCGUGUAGCGCGCACGCACCUUACCGCUCGGCAGCGUUCGGAAAACAUCGCGGCAUCUCGUAGUUAACCCGACAAUUUGUGAGUGAGAGUGUGUGCACUGUGGAGCUGCAGUUAUGCGAGGAGUUUCCAAUUGUUGAUGCUGUUUCGGCGCGGUGGUGGCGCGUUUCCAGAGCAAUAUCAGUUCGCUGUUGUUUGUAUGAUGCGACGCCUGUCUUGAAGCCGCCCAGGCCUGGAGAUGGCGUACUACCGCUGCGGGCCCACGGCCAUCGGCAGCCGGACCUCGUGGGGGCCUGUAUCCUCACCCUCCGAGCCCCCGAGCUUCGAGCGGCCCCUCAGCGGCAACUUCGAUCGCAUCUUCAACGCGUUCGAGCGCACCAACGCCUUCGAGUACGUCAAGAGCCUGGAUGAGAAGGAGGAGAGGCUCGUUGGCCAUGGAGAUAUAGUCGUGAAUAGGAAGAUGAGCAGUAGUUUUGAGAGGGCGGACUGUGCGCUGGCCGCGCAGACGCCGUGCGAGGACGACGAGGACUUUUACCGGGAGAAGAUCCUGUACUCGCAGGCCAGGCAGCUGUUCCCGCUGCAGGAGGACUUGGCUGACUGGAUUAACAAAACCAUAGGGAUCUCGUACCUGUCGGGGGAGAACUUCCUGGACGUGCUGGACAACGGCGCGGAGCUGUGCCAGCUGGCCGCCGUGCUGCACGCGCGCGCCCGCGAAGCCUUCGACCAGGGCCUCAUCGUGGGGCCGGUGCCGCAAAUCCGCGGUCGCUGCUGGCAGCGCGCGGCGCGGCGCAGCUUCUUCUCGCGCGACAACACCGAGAACUUCCUGACCUUCUGCCGCGACCUCGGCGUGCACGAGAACCUGCUGUUCGAGAGCGACGACCUCGUGCUGCACAACCAGCCGCGGCAGGUGAUCCUGUGCCUGCUGGAGGUGGCGCGGCUGGCGACCCGCUUCCUCGUGGAGCCGCCCGGGCUCGUCGCGCUCGAGAAGGAGAUCGCGCUGGAGGAGCGCGACUCGGGGCUCGACUCCGCCAUGUCCGGCGCCGCCUGGCAGUUCCGCGACGCCUCGCCCGUGCCGGACGCGGACAACGUUCCACCGCCAUCUUCGCCUGAACCUAAUGACUCGCAACUGUCGGUGCCUGAUAACGUGGAUGCAGAGAGCACGAAGUCGGAGGAGACGGUGGCCAGUACGGACUCCGACGUGCCGCUGAAACCCACCAAUGAGCUGGACAAGCGGGUGCAGCUGGUGACGCGUCUGAUGGAGCGCGGCUGCCGCUGCGGCGACGGCAAGUGCUCCAAGCUGCUGAAGGUCAAGAAGGUCGGCGAGGGCCGCUACAACAUCGCCGGCAGGAACGUCUUCAUCCGGCUGCUGAAGGGGCGGCACAUGAUGGUCCGCGUGGGCGGCGGCUGGGACACGCUGGAGCACUUCCUGUCGCGGCACGAGCCCUGCCAGGUGCGCCUCGUCACGCCCGGCCGCCGCGCGCCGCCCCUGCCCGUCCCCCUCCCCUCCCCGCCACCCUCCCCCUGCCCCUCCCCCGCCAGCAGCAAGGCCAAAACCAGCAGCGGAAAAAGCUCCCCCGCGCUCGAACCGCGUCGCACGUCCACCCCCACCAAACCCGCCCCCGUCCGCAGCCUCAAAUCAACCCUGACCCUCCCCCUGAAGCCAGAAGACAAGAAAUCAGCCCCGCGCACCAGGAAGCAAUCGGCACCGUCCAGCUUCAGCACCCCUGAUACACCCACGGGCCGCGCGGUGCGCACGCCGCCCGCAGAAUACAGGAAGUCGCUCACCACCACCAGCCUGCUCGCCACCCCCAAGAAGUCCCGCAGCAUGAGCCUGGCGACGGCCCCGAAGGAGGAGAAGAAGUUCUGCGGGACGGAUCGUUUAAACCAGGCCAAGAAGAAGAGCAUCAGUGCUGCCAGCACGCCGACGGAAUCUCCCGCGGUAACAGCGCGGAAAACCCGCAGCCAGAGCCUCGCCUCCACACCGGUCGAGACCAAGAAGUCGUUUUCCACCGCCAACGGCUACGCCAAGAAGACCCGCAGCAUGAGUCUCGCGACGCCCACCGAGCCUCUGCGGCCGACGCACAAGAGCCUGUCGCUAACCGGCAGCGGGGCCCUAACGCAGGCCGCCAUCGAGGAGAGCAUCCGGCUGUCGUUAGAGGCGACUAUAGCUGAUAACUCUUCCUCCAAAAAGCCGUUUCUGCACAUCAAAGCCAAAUACAGAAGUCCCCCGCCCCGGGAGGUGCCCCCCAGAUAACUCCGGACUCAUUCCAGUAGUAGUAUAGUGUGACGUGGCCGAUCUCCUCACUCCGCAAUCUCACGUAUCGUCUCGUAGCGAGUAGACGCUUUAAUUUAAUUCUCACAUUCAUGCCCCCCGGGGACUAGUCAUAAUGAAUUGUUUUAAUUGUAAUGUUAUAAUGAUAAUCGGUUAGUUUUAAGCAAUGAUAACGAUGGCAAUAAUGAUUCAGAUUAUAUUUUGCAUACUUUAGGAAUUAUUUGUUUGUGAAUUUUUUUCGUUAUUUAUGAAUUAGGUUACGAAUUCUCUUAUGUUUCAUCGCCAUAAGUAAUUUUAGUUUUUCACCUCAUUAUUUCGCAACGUUGUAAAUUAUUGUAAGUGUAGUUGUUUUCCGUACUUUUCAUAUUUUCAGCUGAGUUAGACCGUGCACUUGUAAAUUAGGAAUAAAGUGGCCUCACAACACUAGCGACCUCUAUGGUACAAAUACGUUAUAUCGACACAUCCUAUAUUUUGAUACUGAACGAAAAUAUUUUUGCACUGACUUGAUAGACGCACUAGACACGGAUAGUACCUAGCCCUAGUAGAGUAAGACCCUGUGGUAGUACCGUUGAAGGAACUAGAAUGUCUUUAUUCGCAAGAUAUCUCCACCUCCUCGACUUCUAAGCCUAUUUACAUUCUGACUUCACAACAGACUGUUCUAUAGGUUUUCUCGAACUUAGAAUCUUGUUUCUUUUCGCAUUGAAGCGACUCGAUUAUCGAAUUAUUUAUUGUAUCGAUCGAUGAGUCCUAGAAUUAAUAUUUUAACUAUUCUUUAUUUAUUCUGCGAAAUUGUAUGAACUAUAGCUGAAAGCCAUAUUUAUUCUAUUUCUGCUAAUUUUUUAUCAGAGCGACUUUGAAUAAAGGUAUCAACGAAUAGAAUUAAGGGAGUUGAGAUUACCAUAAUCUAAUAAAUUGAAAAUCUGCUAUUUUCAUACAUACCAAAUCAAAUAAGAUUAAAUAAAAAGAGUGCUUAGAGAUAGUAGAAAUGGCAGAUUUAAGUAGUUAUACAAAAACAUUUUGAAUCUAAAAAAAUAUUAAGAAUGAGCUUAGCAGUAGCAAGUUUUACAAUAACGAUUACUUAUGAUGAGCGAUGGUGAUUCAACUGCCGAGUGCCGACUACCUACCUAUCUGCAAUAUUGUGCCAACAGUUUUAAUUAUGUAUGGUUGAUAAUAAAGUUUUUAAUAUUCGGUAA